AUGUUGGUUUCAACUCUAAAAUGGUCUGCCCUCACCGUGGCACUUUUAGCCAACCUGCAGAUGGCUGCGGCCGCGCCUGCAUAUUACGAACCUCCAAGCUCCUCUGAAGUAGUCCCUACUACAUCUGAGAACGUUUAUGUUCCAAUAUAUGGUGGAGAAACCAGCUCUACAGAAAGCACAAUUUCUACGGAGCCUCCAGCAUACUAUGUACCACCAGAGCCCACCACCUCUACUACAACAGAAAUCAAUUAUGAACCUGAGCCAACUACAUCAAGCGAUGUAUACGAGCCUUCCACUACUUCUACCACAGAGUUCAAUUAUGGGCCUGAGCCAUCGACAUCGACAUCGACAUCGAGCGAUGACUAUUACAGUCCUCCAGACACCACCAGCACCAGUAGCGGUAGUAGUACCCUCGUAUACGAACCCCCCACUAUUACAUACGGCCCGGAACCAACCACAUCAGACUACUACAAUCCCCCAUCAGACACAACUUCCAGCGCCAGUAGCAGUAUUCCAGUUUACGAACCUCCUACCACUUACGGGCCCGAGCCAACUACAAAUGAUGAUUAUACCCCUCCUACAAGCUACUAUAACCCCCCUGAGACUACGAGUAGUACCAGCACUCCUGCCUAUGAGCCCUCAACAUCGAGCUACUACAAUCCACCGGUGACGACACCGACUUAUGAGCCGCCAACUUCCUACUAUGUUCCACCUGUAAACACUACCACAAGCAAUGUUUACUACCCACCAACCUCAAGUGAUGUAUACCAUCCACCAACUUCUAGUAAUGUCUACAUUCCUCCUACCUCCAGCAAAACCUAUGUGCCUCAUACUAGCACAUCUACAUCUGCCCCAUAUACCGCCACAACUAUAUACGAGACCGAAACUAAAACACAAUAUGUUCCUUGUACCCUUACUACAACCGUCGGCGGAACUACUUCCGUUUAUACAACAUCUACAAUUACUACUUACACCACUACUACUACUAAAUAUAUCACUUCCCACCACACCCAACCCCCAGCAUACACACCGCCGGUGAAUACUCCACCGGUAUAUACACCGCCUGUAUACACCCCCCCUGUCGAAAACCCACCUACUUACACCCCACCUACUUACACCCCACCUAUAUACACUCCACCAGUCUAUACCCCCCCAUCUAACCCACCACAUACUGAAACAAAACUCAUUCUUGUCUCCGCUUGCCCGGCUCCUACUACUACGACAAUAUACUCUGAGACUGUCAAGACUGUCUACGUAACGCAACCCGCCGCGACUCAUACUGUCACUGAAAGUAGCUGUCCACCAACCACCACUCCCGGCUACUACUAG